AUGCCACGCGACGGAGGGAAGGGCCGCGUCAUCCGCGGGCAGCGCAAGGGCGCUGGCUCCAUCUUCACCUCGCACACCAAGCACCGCAAGGGGCCCGCCUCUCUGCGCGCGAUCGACUAUGCGGAGCGGCACGGCUACAUUCGUGGCGUGAUUCGCGACAUCAUCCACGAUCCGGGCCGCGGCGCGCCCAUCGCCAAGGUCGAGUUCAAGAACCAGUACAAGUUCAAGACCAUGAAGGAGCAGUGGACCGCGACGGAGGGGAUGUACACUGGCCAGUUUGUGUACUGCGGCAAGCGGGCGCAGCUGGUGCCAGGCAACGUGCUGCCGCUGUCGUCGAUGCCGCCGGGUACGGUGAUCAACAACGUGGAGAAGCAGGCGGGCGACAAGGGCAAGUUCGCGAAGACGUCCGGCGGCUUUGCGCAGAUUAUCCAGCACAUUGAGGGCGCGGGAAAGACGCGGGUGCGGCUGCCGUCGGGGCAGAAGAAAACCAUCUCAUCGGCGUCGCGCGCGUCGAUCGGCAUUGUGGCCGGCGGCGGCCGCAUCGACAAGCCCCUGCUCAAGGCCGGCCGCGCCUUCCACAAGUACCGCGUCAAGCGCAACUCGUGGCCAAAGGUGCGCGGCGUCGCGAUGAACCCGGUGGAGCACCCGCACGGUGGCGGUAACCACCAGCACAUCGGCCACCCGUCGACGGUCAAGCGCGACUCGGUACCCGGCCAGAAGGUCGGCCUCAUCGCCGCGCGCCGCACGGGCCAGAUCCGCGGCCGCAAGGAGAUCAACGACAAGUAG